GGCACUCGGACAGGUUUUUGAGACAUGCAGAAGAUUUCCAUCCACUCAUGAAUCUUUCUAGGGUUUAUCUCGCUAUUUUUAUUCAAUGGUUGAGUAGCAAUCGUAUGUCGCGUUCCAAUUUUGCCAAAAUGUUAAGAGGGUGAUUGCUAUAUAUGCACAUUACAAAUUGUAAAGUAGUAAUUUUGAAGUCAUUCUUCCAUAUGGAGUCGUGUGGGAAGAAAGCGUGGUUGGUGUUGAUGGGAGUAAUGGUAGUUUUGGGUCAUGUGUUAGGCACAAAUGGUUGUUUCGAAGAAGAGAGGAAUGCACUGUUAGAUUUCAAAGCUAGUUAUGGCAAUGAGUCAUACGUGCUACCUUCGUGGUUGAAUGACCCAAAGAGCAAUUGUUGCUCCUGGGAAAGAGUCACGUGCAGUUCAUCUUCUGGCCACAUCAUUCAUCUCGCACUUGGCAAUCUUCAUACAAAGGAAACUGGAAUGGAACCAUUUGUAUUUCCAUAUGGUGAAAUGGGACCAUAUAGGUAUGUAAUGAGACCAUUUCGUUUGCAGCCCAUGCGUAGCUUAAACUGGUCAUUGUUCCUUCCCUUGAGGGAACUGAGAAGCCUUGGCUUGUCCAAUUUUUGUUUUCUGGGAUUCGUUCGGAAUCAAGAUGAUGGCAAGUCAACGUUAAAGAAGUUAGAGACAUUAGAUCUGAGUUAUAAUUAUCUCAAUGAGAGCAUAAUGGAACUUGUGGGUACUCUUCCAUCUAUCAAGAAUUUAAAUCUUUCUGGUAAUUCUAUUCGUGGACCUUUUAUGAAAGAAUUAUCACGUUUACCAAACUUGGAAGUGUUGUAUUUGAGCAUGAAUUUUAUUGGCAAUGACACCUUUCUUGCAUCUCAAGAUUAUCAAAGCAUGUCAAGAUUGAAAAAGUUGCGGACAGUAGAUCUGAGUUUCAAUUAUCUCAAUGAGAGUAUAAUGGAACUGGUGAGUGCUCUCCCAUCCAUCAAGAAUUUAGCAAUGGUUGCUAACUUUUUAGGUGGCCCCUUUCCGAUGAAAGAAUUGACACUUUUAGCAAACUUGGAAAUGUUGGAUUUGAGUGGGAAUCGUCUUGUAAGCCACAUUCCAAACCAAGAUGCCCAUAGCGUUGAGUUCUAUGUAUUCAAGAAGUUGAAGACACUUAACUUAGCUGACAAUUAUUUGGACAAGGGAAUAUUAAAGUCGUUAGUUGCUUUCCCCGCUCUCAGAUUUUUGGACCUAGGUUUUAAUCCAAUCAAAGUGGAUCUUGAUGAAAAAGUUUUGUCUGAUCUAAGCAAACUGGAAGUUCUUCACCUAAGUAACGCAGGUAUCAAUGGAAUUUUACCAAAUCAAGGUUUGUGUAAAAUGAAGCAACUUCAGGAACUAGAUCUGUCAUACAAUAAUCUGAGAGGAACUUUGGAUGCAUGCCCUGACAACUUGACAUCAUUUCGCAUUCUUGAUGUCGCCUUCAACUACUUAAAUGGGAAUGUGACACCCUUCCUUGCUCAACUGACAUCUGUCGAGCUUCUUGGCAUUGGAUUCAAUGACUUUGAGAUAUUCUCAUUCAACUUUUUUGCCAACCAUUCAAAGCUUAAGUAUUUAAUCAUUGGCAAUAUGAAAGUGGAAACCGAAAAUCCGCCUUGGGUUGCAUCAUUUCAGUUGGAAAUACUCCGAAUGUGCGGUUGUGAGUUAAACUUACCAGCAGAAAUUCCAACUUUCCUUUCAAAUCAAACUAGCUUGAGAUUUCUUGAUUUAUCAAGAAAUAACCUUGUUGGUAAGUUUCCUAGCUGGUUGCUCAUGAACAACACAAAUUUAGAAGAAGUCUACUUAUUUGAUAAUUCUUUCACUGGACCUUUUGAACUACCCUUUGAUAAAAAUCAUCGCAUGGAUCAAAUGAUAGCGUUGUCCAUAGGAAACAACAAAUUGCAAGGCGAGCUCCCUAACAACGUUGGAUUCUUCUUCCCACGUUUGGAGAUUUUGGAUGCCUCAAACAAUAAGUUUGAUGGUCCUAUUCCGGCUUCAAUUGGAGAGAUGUCAAGCUUAGUGCAAUUGCUACUAGGUAACAAUAACUUUUCUGGCAAUGUACCUGAGUACAUUCUUAACAGAUGCUUCUCAUUACUAAGAUUGAUGAUUAACAAUAACCAGUUCAAUGGAACACUACUGAGUACCAUCAGAAAGCUUAGGCUAACUUUCUUAGCUGCGUCACGGAACAACAUUGAAGGAGCAAUAACAGAUGAAUGGUGCCAACAUGAGUUGUUAAUGUUAGACAUAUCUUACAAUAAGUUCUCUGGUGCACUGCCCUCCUGCUUCAAAACGCCAGGAUACUUGUUCCUGCAGGGAAACAAUUUUACAGGCACGAUACCUGAAUUAUUCAUGAGCAACCACUAUAGAGCAGUAGCCAUUGAUUUUAGUGACAACAAGUUUACUGGAACAAUACCUGAUAGUGUAUACAAGCUUUGGUCUUUAAAUUUUCUUUUAUUGGCUGGUAAUCACUUGCAAGGCCAAAUUUCCAGUCAAAUAUGCCAAUUAAAACAUAUCAAUAUCUUAGACCUUUCGCAAAAUAAUUUCAGUGGAUCCAUACCUGCUUGCUUCAGUAAUAUGUCGUUCGGAAAUGUUACCGUUCCCUUUUAUGCUACUGAUAGGGAAAAACUCACCACUGUCCCUAUUGAAGUAUUAAUGCAACUCAGAACAAAAAAUUUAUAUCUUUCCUUCGGUAGUGAUAGAUAUCAGUUACUGUCCGAACUAGAUUUGUCAUGUAAUCAAUUGACAGGAGAGAUUCCACACGAAUUAGGAGAUCUACAUGGCCUUCAUUCUCUCAACUUAUCUCACAACCAUCUAAAUGGUCUGAUCCCAGAGAGCUUCCAGAAGCUACAAAACAUAGAGAGUUUAGAUAUUUCAAAUAACAACCUGAGUGGACAAAUCCCUCUUCAGUUACAGGACUUGCACUAUUUGGCUGUCUUCAAUGUUUCCUACAACAAUUUGUCAGGAAGAGCACUUGAAAAGGGACAGUUUUGUACCUUUGAUGGGAGUAGCUACAAAGGAAAUCCGUAUCUUACGUGGGAUACCUGUAAAAGUGAAAGUUCAAAACCACCACUACGACCAACUCUGUUGCCUGAUGAAGUAGAAGAAGAAAACUCUGAAAUUGAUUUCAAUGUCUUCUGUUGGAGUUUUGCUGCAUGUUAUGUCAUGGUAAUCCUAGCGUUGGUGACACUCCUUUGGUUCAGUCCUCAUUGCUGGAGAAUGUGGUUUUAUUUUGUCGACGCGUGCCUUCGUAAAUGCUUUGGUCAAUUUCUUCAUGGUUACCACUAAGUUAUGAAAUAAAUGGCUCAUGUUAGAUAUGUUACUUUUAGGCUUAAUAGUUUUUUUUUUUUUGUUUCUAAUAUUUAAGGAGUUUCUUUAAUGAGAUCUCAACUUUUCUUUUCGUUAAUUCAGUUCCUAUUUAUUUUAAGAGUCAAUAUGGUCCAUUUCAAUAAAUUGAGAGUGACAAAUUUUGAAACGUGAUUAUGUGUAAAUGCCUUUGAACUUCUCCAACUUUUGACUCUCAAUUUCUACUCAUACACAUGUCUCUAUUCUGUGCAAAAGCAAUCUUUGAGGUAUGGUGAGUAGAAACAGAGUGGAUGAAGAAUUGGAUAAGUCUAAAGUCGCUGAUACAUGAUCAUAUUUUAAAAAUGAUGUCAGCAUCAAUUUAACAGUAAAGACCACGUUAAUUCCUUCUAAAUAAAAUAGGAACUGAAAUGAAGAAAAAAAAAAAUAGAAGAUUACAUUAAAUAAAUUCUUUAAAUAUUGAAAUAAUUUUUUUUAUUAAACCUUACUUUUAACAAUAAAUGGUAUGAUAAGUGAUGAAAAGACUGUAGUUUGUUUUAUUUUCAUCAAGUUCCUCAAAUUUUGUCAUACUUUUGAAGUGUUUAAGUAAUGUGAAAGUAUCGUAAAGGUACUCUUCAAAUAUUAAGAGUCAGUGUGUCUGUGUAAGAUUUGAAGUUGGUUGGUUUAAAGUUUCACAUUGUUAUAUGUUUAUGCAACAACUAUUGUCACUUCAGUUAUUGAUCAUCAAGUGUUAGAUGAUUUUGAAAAUGAGGUAAUCCCAAAAAUGUGUCUAUUGGAAAUGUAUUUCCCAUUAUUGCUUUUUGAUAUCAUGGUGCAUUAGAUAGUUCAUUUAGUGGGAGAAAUUUUAUUAUGUGGCACGAUUUAUCUAAGAUGGAUGUACCUAGUUGAGAGAUACAUGAAAAUCUUUAAAGAUUAUGUAAAGAAUCAAUAUUGUUGUGAAUCUUCAAUUGUGGAGUAGUACGUAUGCCAAGUUGUGAACCAAUAAUAGUUUCAAAGAGUCAACAUGAUGAGAGAUGUGAAGGUAAGGGUAUUCAAUUAAUCCAAGAUGAAAAAUGUAAGUAAAAAAAAUUGAUGAACUUAAACAACAUUGAUGAACUUAUUCUUUAUAUUUCCUAACACAUUGUUGAAAUCAAGUCGACACACCCACCUAUGAAUGAAAAUUGGUUAGUUAACGAACAUAACAAAACUUUCUUAUCUAUGUUUAAGAGAAAGGUUUACUCUCAAAUUAAUGUUUUCAAAACUAUGUUGAUGCUAGCUCCUAAGCCUAAAAAUC